AUGAAUCAUGGUACUCAAGAUUUAUAUCCGACAUUUUUAAAAGUACAACUCAUGCUCUCUCCCGGAGAAAUCACAGUGAUAACAAUAAUCGCCAAUAUUGGAGGCGCUGUAUGUGGAUACAUUUCUCAGUAUUUAGGCCGUAAACGAACGAUUAUUCUUGCUGCUGUAAUGGUUGGCGCGUUUCUACCAUUGUUUGUUCUUCCUCGUAAUAAAAUCAGUCUAGGUGGAGCCUAUGGAAUUGUUCCUGCUCACCUGAAUGAACUAUCACCUCCGAACUGUCGAGGAACAUUCCCCGGUUUUACAUAUCAAUUAGGUGUCUUGAUUGCUUCUUGCUCAGCGCAAAUCGAAGCAGUAUUAGGGGAAAAGUUCCCACAUAAUGGUGUACCUGAUUAUGGAUUAACCCAGGCAGUUCUCACUGCCUGUGCCAUAUUUUCUUUAAUAGUGAUGAUUUCUAUUGGAACCGAGGCUAAGGACGUAGAUUUUGAAAAACAAUUAGAGAAUGAAGAUUAUGGCCCGGAAAACCGCGAUAAUAUGACAGCAUGCAAUUAA